AUGCAUCCCUGGCUAGGCUACCAUGAGCGAGCAUAUUUCUCGUUUGCUUUUAGUUUCCAUGGAUCUGGUGAUGCUCGUCCCACAGCCUUCCAAAUCAUCAAAGACGAGAAUCUGGAAGGAAAGCUAGAAGGCAAAGUGAUUCUCAUCACCGGCUGCUCAUCAGGCCUCGGAAUCGAAACCGCUCGCGCCCUCGCGACUACUGGCGCAACACUAUACCUCACAGCUCGUGAUCUCGAAAAGGCAAAGAAAGCCUUGGGUGGUCUCAUCGCCUCACCCCGCGUCCAUCUGUUAGAACUUGAUCUGAACUCCCUCGCCAGCGUCCGUGCUUGCGCCAACGAGUUCCUGUCCAAGUCAUCUGCACUAAACAUCUUCAUCGCCAAUGCUGGCAUAAUGGCUUGCCCGGAAGGUCGCACCAAAGAUGGAUUUGAGACCCAAUUCGGCACCAACCACCUCGCUCAUUUCCUCUUAUUCAACCUCCUCAAGCCUGCUCUCCUCGCAUCCUCCACUCCAGUCUUCAACUCACGUGCCGUCAUUCUCACAUCCAGUGCUCACCGUUGGGGCAGCGUCCAUUUCGACAACGUCAAUCUAGACGGCAUCUACGAUCCCGCCGUAGCGUAUUCUCAAAGCAAAACCGCCAACCUGUGGACAGCCAAUGAGAUCGACCGUCGUUACGGCGGUAAGGGUCUGCAUGCUUGGGCAGUACACCCAGGAGCUAUCACUACCAAUAUUGCGCAACAUAUGCCACAGGAAGCUGUUCAGGGUUUGCUUAAAAAUGAAGAACUUAUGAAGAUCUGGAAGUCACCUCAACAGGGGGCUGCCACUACUGUUUGGGCGGCUGUUUCGGAGGUUCUUGAGGGCCAGGGGGGGAAGUAUCUAGAGGAUUGUCACAUUGGGAAGCCUAACAAUGAUGCUGAUGGCCCGUGGGGUCCGGGGUAUAGUAAGUGGGCGUAUGAUGCAGGACUAGAAGCUAAGCUGUGGGAGAAGUCAUUGGAGCUUGUGGGGUUGAAGGAAGAUGCGUAA